GAACGGAACCCGGCGCUCGCUCCCCGCCCCGGCCAGCCACCCAGAGUCAGCCCUCCUUCACCUCCUCACAGCGCCCUCGGCCCGCCGCAAGGCUCCCGCCGCCGCUCCAGCGCCGCCCCGCCGCCGCCGCCCUCUCCUCUCCUCAGCCGUCCGCCAUGACGACCGCGUUCCCCUCGCAGGUGCGCCAGAACUACCACCAGGAUUCGGAGGCCGCCAUCAACCGUCAGAUCAACCUGGAGCUCCACGCCUCCUAUGUGUACCUGUCCAUGUCUUUCUAUUUUGAUCGCGAUGAUGUGGCUUUGAAGAACUUUGCCAAAUAUUUUCUUCACCAAUCUCAUGAGGAGAGGGAACAUGCUGAGAAACUGAUGAAGCUGCAGAACCAACGAGGCGGCCGGAUCUUCCUUCAGGACAUCAAGAAACCAGACCAGGAUGACUGGGAGAAUGGGCUGAAGGCAAUGGAGUGUGCAUUACACUUGGAAAAAAAUGUGAAUGAGUCACUAUUGGAACUGCACAAACUGGCCACUGACAAAAAUGACCCCCACUUGUGUGACUUCCUCGAGACUCAUUACCUGAAUGAGCAGGUGAAAGCCAUCAAAGAAUUGGGUGACCACGUAACCAACCUGCGCAGGAUGGGGGCCCCCGAAUCUGGCAUGGCAGAGUAUCUCUUUGACAAGCACACCCUGGGAGAGUGUGACGAGAGCUAAGUCUCAGGCCAGCCUCCCCCAGCCACCGGGUGA